CUGUCAGAUCUGGAAUUGGCUUUCCACAGAUUCUUCUUAUAUUUCUCCACUCCUCUCCAUAUUCUCUUCCUCGAGCAAGAACUCGCGUACUUGAUUUUGCUGCCUCAGCUGUCCACGCUUCACUGUCCACCCUCCUUGAAGCAUAUCCCACCAAAUAUCAAAAUGCCAUUCUCCUACCACAACCCCGCUCAGGCUCUCGAAUCGCGCCGUACCAUCGACGGCACCGGCUUCGGGAAAGUAGCCAUUAUCACCGGCUGCUCCUCUGGCGUCGGUCUCGCCACUACCCAACUCUUCCUCUCCCACCAAUUCGAGGUCCUCGGUGUCGACAUCGCGGAAAUCGACUACGAGAAGAUCGAUCCUAGGGAUCAGGAGAGAUUGCAUUUCCAUCGGGGCGAUUUGGCGAAGGAAGGGGAGUGUGAUGAGGUUGUAAGGAUAUGUGUUGCGAAGUUUGGACACAAAAUCGACGUCCUAGCAAACGUAGCCGGAAUAAUGGACGCCUACGAAGCGGCCGACAAAAUCACAGAUUACGAAUGGGAGCGCAUUCUAACCACAAACCUCACCGUUCCAACCCGCAUGAUCCGCGCCGUGCUCCCAUUCAUGAAAGCCAAGCAGUACGGGAGCAUCAUCAAUGUGGCGAGUAAGGCGGCAGUCAGUGGUGCGGCGGCUGGUGUGGCGUACACGACGAGUAAGCAUGGGCUGCUUGGUGUGACGAAGCAUACGGCGUGGAGGUUUCAUGAGGAGGGGAUUAGAUGUAAUGCUGUGUUGCCUGGGUCAAUCGACACCAACAUCUUCUCAUCCGUCGGCAAGGAGCAUUUCGAUGAGGAUACUUUCUCCAGACUUCAACCAAUUUGGGAAUUGCAUAACCCAGCUGGUCAGAAACCGCAGACUACGGCAGGGGAAGUUGCGAGUGUGAUCCUGUUCCUGGCUAGCGAUCAGGCCAGAGGGAUAAAUGGCGUCUCGCUGCCGAUUGACAGGGCUUGGGGAGUUAUUUAA